GCGCGGUGCCGGGGAUGCGAGCACCUUGCGAGGAGGCGGCGACCGCUGUGGAAAGUGCGGCAGUAGGCGGAGAGGAGAAUCAGGAGAUGCUUUGUGGGAAAUUUCAGUGGAGAUGUCAAUAUUUUGGCACAGAUAUCCAAGAAGUGACAGUGCUGAAGGGAUUUAACUCUACAUGUCUGGCACAGAUCUGCGACUCCUAAGAUUGCCAAUAGAUCAUGUAAAGCAUGGUUUAUGAGGAAAGUCAAAUCUGAAGGGUAUCCUGCAAGAUGACUUAAAAAGUCUUAACUCAGAGAUGUCUGAUUGAAACAGUGUGGGAAGGAAGAGCAAUAUAUAAAGAAGAAGAAAAAGGACUUACCUCAGCAAGCAAAAGAAACACUGAACAAAGGAGAGGAAACAAAUAAAGAUAAUUUUAGAAGCACUGAAUGCAGCAAAACAAGAACAAUGGAUCUCAAGUUCAACAACUCCAGGAAAUAUAUUUCUAUCACUGUCCCUCGCAAAACACAGACAAUGUCACCACACAUCAAGUCAAUAGAUGACAUUGUAGUACUUGGCAUAAAUCUCAGCAGAUUUAACAAACUUACUCAGUUUUUCAUAUGUGUUGCUGGAGUUUUUGUAUUUUACCUAAUUUAUGGAUAUUUACAGGAAUUAAUAUUUUCAAUGGAGGGUUUUAAGUCCUACGGCUGGUACCUUACUUUAGUACAGUUUGCAUUUUACUCCAUAUUUGGCCUAAUAGAACUUCAGCUUAUUCAGGACAAAAGGAGAAGAAUACCAGGAAAAACCUACAUGAUAAUAGCUUUUCUAACUGUGGGUACUAUGGGGUUAUCAAAUACUUCCUUGGGCUACCUGAAUUAUCCUACCCAAGUCAUCUUCAAGUGCUGCAAAUUGAUUCCUGUUAUGCUAGGAGGAGUUUUUAUUCAAGGGAAGCGCUAUAACAUUGCAGAUGUGUCUGCUGCAGUAUGUAUGAGUCUUGGCCUGAUCUGGUUCACCCUAGCUGACAGCACGAUUGCACCUAAUUUCAACCUGACAGGUGUGAUCCUUAUUUCCCUGGCACUGUGCGCAGAUGCUGUCAUCGGAAAUGUUCAAGAGAAAGCUAUGAAACUGCAUAAUGCUUCUAAUUCAGAAAUGGUUUUGUAUUCGUAUUCAAUCGGUUUUGUGUACAUUUUAUUGGGAUUGACAUGCACUAGUGGAUUAGGCCCUGCAGUAACAUUUUGUUCAAAGAAUCCAAUUCAGACUUAUGGUUAUGCUUUCCUUUUUUCUCUCACUGGGUAUUUUGGAAUCUCCUUUGUUCUGGCUCUGAUUAAAAUUUUCGGUGCACUUCUUGCUGUAACAGUGACAACAGGAAGAAAAGCCAUGACCAUUGUACUUUCAUUUAUGUUUUUUGCUAAACCAUUCACAUUUCAGUACGUGUGGUCUGGUUUGUUAGUUGUCCUUGGUAUAUUUCUCAAUGUUUACAGCAAAAAUAUGGAUAAAAUAAGACUGCCAUCACUAUAUGAUCUGAUAAACAAAACAGUGGAAAUGAGGAAGUCAAGGACGUUGGCACAAACUGUAUAGGCAGUAAUUCAUCCUACUUAAAAUAGAAUUCUAAGGGAAUAAUCAUCAAAUACUUAAUUUUCCAAAGGGAUUAUUAUAAAAACCAAAGGAUCUGAAGGCGUGCUCUCCAUUUGUGGGUGGGUCAGCUAUGAAGUCAGCCUCUUUCACAGAGCACUUGUUUAACUGUUUGACUUCUGAAGCAGUCAAGAGAGCUGCAUCUGCCACACCUUAGAAUAAAAUGUCAGUGUGAAGGACUAAUUCUUAGCAUUAUGUUGAGAAUUUCACUGGAAAUGGACCAUGAUGCAAAACUAAUUGGAUAUCAUUAUGACAUUUCAAAGAAAUUGAUAUAGUAAUAUCAAUUUAGAUUGUUUGGUCUUCAUUCAUUUUGGUGGUAUUAUUUAAAUGAUUCUCUGUUAUAAGAGUGAACAGAUGAUUUAAAGUCUAGGAAGAAUAACUUCAUUAUAAAUAAAAAUUAUUCUGUGAUUUUUUAAAAUAUCUUGUUAGAAUUUUGUUAUGAAGAGGGAAGUGAAGGCUUUCCCUUUUGUUAUGAAGAGGGAAGUAAAGGCUUUUUUGGUAGUAAGGCUUUAUGUAAACUUCAAACCUUAGGCUUUUCUCUGAUCAUUUAAAAGUAUUCUUUAGAGAAAACAUGAUUUAAGUUUUCUGUGGAAUAUAGACCGUCUAACAAGGAAUCAUCACCCUGCAUCCUGUAAGUAUGUAUCACAAGAAAAACUUGUUACUAUCCAUCAAAGAAGUGCUAAAAGAUUUAGUGAUUUGGAUUUUUUAAUUAAAGAAAAAAUAAUUCAUGUCUUAAAUUAUAAUUAAAUAAUAAAAUUAUCAUAGUUUUUCUCAUAAAACUGAAAAUUUAAUUUGACAGCUUGAAGAUUAAAUAGGGUAAAUGUAAGAAACACAAGUAGAUUUUAGCAAAUUUGUGUAAUAGGUAGUUUGCAGUUUUGAGUCAAAACUCAUAAAGCUUUUGGCCCUUAAUGUUUUAGCAGUGAGGUUUGGAAUUGCUUCCAGUGUAUUAAAAAAAUCAUCUCAAUCUUCA